AGAAAAAAUACACACACACACACAGAAUACAGACACUUUCAGAGUUACACAGUUUCACUCUCUCGCCGGCUUCGCUGCCCCAAAUUCCGUUUCAACAUUCGCUUCUAAGCUUCCUCUUCGCGUCUCUCAAUUGAGAUCUGAAGGUUCUAGAAAGUUUUCGAGGCCGAUCAGACCGCGGAGUUGAAUAUAUCCUUUUUCCGGCGAGGAGUUUUGUUUUCGCCUCGUCAGUGUUUCGCAUCCGGAUCUGCGUAUGCGUGCUCGAUCUGAAGAAUUUUUUGAGAUGAUUUAACAGUUGAGAAGGAAACAUCACAGCUGCCUGAACACGAGCUAAGGAAUUAGUGGAAUUGAUUAACAAAAGAAAUUCAAAAUACAGCGACCAGGUUCAGGGGGCGAUUUGCCCCAAAUCAGUGAGUUCAGCCCUUUCCCAGUAGCACGGAGGGUAAAUUCUUUCCAAACCGUUGCAAUGGAUGAUGACAUGGAAGGAGGGAACUUGGGCCCUUACCAAGAUAGGCCAAGGACAUUUCCUAGCAUGAAGAGUAAAGCUUAUAUACCAUGGAUUUUUCGUGUUCUCAUGAGGAUAAAUGUUCGCGUUCUUUUGGUGCUCCUGCUUGUUUGUUUUGGAGCUAUCUUUUACAUUGGUGCAAGUACCUCGCCGAUCAUUGUGUUUGUGUUUUCAGUUUGUAUCAUCAGCUUUUUUGUGUCGAUUUAUCUUACUAAGUGGGUGCUGGCAAAGGAUGAGGGACCUCCUGAGAUGUCCGAGAUAUCAGAUGCAAUACGUGAUGGAGCUGAAGGUUUCUUCAGGACUCAGUAUGGGACUAUCUCCAAAAUGGCAUUAUUGCUUGGACUGGUUAUAUUUGCCAUAUAUUUAUUCCGUAAUACAACUCCUCAGCAAGAAUCGUCUGGCUUAGGCAGGGCAACAUCUGCUUAUAUUACUGUUGCUGCUUUUCUUUUCGGGGCUCUAUGUUCUGGUGUUGCUGGGUAUGUUGGCAUGUGGGUAUCAGUACGUGCUAAUGUCCGAGUAUCUAGUGCAGCAAGACGGUCGGCUCGCGAGGCUCUACAGAUAGCUGUACGUGCUGGUGGAUUUUCAGCAUUGGUGGUUGUUGGAAUGGCUGUAAUGGGUGUUGCUAUUCUUUAUGCAAUUUUGUAUGUGUGGUUGGGGGUGGAUUCACCUGGCGCAAUGAAGUCAACUGAUUUGCCUCUACUACUUGUUGGGUAUGGUUUUGGAGCUUCAUUUGUUGCCCUUUUUGCUCAGUUGGGUGGUGGAAUAUUCACAAAGGCUGCUGAUGUUGGAGCUGAUCUUGUCGGAAAAGUAGAGCAGGGUAUACCGGAAGAUGACCCACGCAAUCCUGCUGUAAUUGCAGAUCUGGUAGGAGACAAUGUUGGUGACUGUGCUGCUCGAGGUGCAGAUCUUUUCGAAAGUAUUGCCGCGGAGAUUAUUAGUGCAAUGAUACUUGGAGGAACCAUGGCUAAGCACUGCAAAAUUGAAGAUCCAUCUGGCUUUAUUCUGUUUCCUCUAGUUGUUCAUUCUUUCGACCUGGUUGUAUCAUCUGUUGGCAUAUUCUCUAUCCGGAACAAAAGGGAAUCUGGAGUAAUUGGCACUGUAGAGGACCCCAUGAAAACUCUUGAAAAAGGGUACUCAGUGACAAUAUUGUUAGCUGUUCUGACAUUUGGUUUGUCCACACGGUGGUUACUUUACACUGAACAGGCACCUUCUGCUUGGUUGAAUUUUGCUUUAUGCGGUCUGGUUGGAAUUGUAACUGCUUAUGCCUUUGUUUGGAUAUCAAAGUACUACACUGACUACAAAUACGAGCCUGUGCGUACCUUAGCCCUCGCUAGCUCCACUGGUCAUGGAACGAACAUAAUUGCGGGUAUUAGUUUAGGUCUGGAAUCCACAGCUCUACCUGUCCUUGUCAUAAGCUUGGCUAUCGUUUCUGCUUUCUGGCUUGGUCGCACUUCGGGAUUGACAGACGAGGCUGGAAACCCAACUGGGGGGUUGUUUGGUACUGCUGUAGCAACUAUGGGA